AUGACUAGAAGACUCAGUUAUCACGCGUGGAUUACCGCACUCAUCACUUUCAACGUCCUUUUGUUAACAACUUCAGCUUCCUAUUCUGGGGAUUUACCCGAAUUUGUCGAGUCGAGACAGUUGAGGAGAAAUUUAGCAAACUCAAAAUUCAAAAAUCACUUAGAUUGGCUGAAGGAUCACACUUUGAAGCCCUUGGAGGAGAGUGAGGGUACUAAGCCUCCACCAGUAUGGGAAAAAGAAAUAAAAAUCCAAAUUAACGAACCGGACAAAGAACACGAAGCAUGGGAAAAAGAAAUGAAAGAAUUAACGCAGAAACAAUUAAAAAAAUGGCAAAGAACUGAUAAAAAAAGUAUCGAAGACACCACUGCUGAAUUCAAAGACGAAUUAGGUGUAAAAUCAGAGGUGAAUUUAUCGGAAAUAGAUUUUUCUUCUCGCUAUAAACCGACAGAGGGUGAAGAAAGCCGACGAACUUUCGGCACGAAAUUUGACUUUGAAAAAUUCUAUAAUUCUUCUUCCGAGUCAGGAGCUCCUCAAGCCACCGGGUUAACCCGAGAUGAAAGAAUUGAGUUGAAGGAGCAAAGUGGUCGGUGGGGCAUGAGUAUGAAAAAUCCCCCGGCGGGUUUUUUAGCCGCGGUAUCGAGGACCGAUGAUAGAGACGAGAAUAAAUUCAAAGAAACCCAAGCCCGUCCCGGCUCAGGAACGAUAGGAGUAAAAAAAAAUAAAAUCCCAAAAAUAAAUCGGUGGGAUGAAGGGGACCUACAGGAGCCCGGGAAUGAGGCAAUGGAGGUGGAGGUGGAAGCCGAGGUCGAGGAUAACAAGUUAUCGGAGCCGAAGAAUAAUUUUUCAAGCGAUCGGUGGGGCAUGAGCGUAACCUCCCCGCCGUCAACAUUCCUCCGGGAAAUAUUAUCCAAUCACAUUCGACCGAUUUCUGCUAAUAAUUCUGAUUCUGGAUCUGGAUUAUCUUCUUCCGAGUUUACUGACUCUGCAGUCGGUAAAGUGCUGACGCACAAAACACUCGAUUUUGAUUUUGAUAACUUUAAGAAAGACGUGAAGACAGGAAAUGCUAAUCGAGCAAUUACCGACAGUAAAUUAAAGAAAACAAGGCCACUAAUGCCGAUAUUUUUUAUCGGCCCGAGUUUUUGGUCUCUGAAAUUGCCUGGUGAUUUAAAGCAACCACUUGGAAUUAUUCCAAACGAGUUAACACCCUGGGGAAAAAAUAAACUUGGUGAUGAAGAGAAUAGAGAUAGAGAGAAGGAAAAGGAGACUCUGACAAGUUCAUUGGAAAAUAUUCAUUUAAUGAAUACCAAAAUAAUUAUCGGGGAAAUGGGCAACGCGGAAGUCAGCAAGCUGGAAAAUUACGAAAACGAGAAUCGAGAUAAUAAUGAGGGUGAUAAUGAUAAUUAA